AUGGCAGCGGUGGUGAUGCUCGCACGCCGCCACCUGCUGUGCGUGUUGGCCCUUCUGCUCUGUCACGCAUCCCUCUGCGUGGUGGGUGGUAGUCCGGAUACAUCAAAACUGACGGUUCCAGAAAAGAAACUGAAGGAGAUCCCCGAGACGUACAUCUACAAUAUCACCACCGAAUCCGUGACGCACUCAGCAGACAAGCAGAAGGUUACGAAGACUACAGAAAUCAUCUAUUUCAGGGUUCCCAAUGGGUACGAGCCGAAAAUUGUCAAGAACGACCUGCUUGGUUGCACACCAAAACCUGACACUGUGCCACCCAAACCGGCUCUGUCUGAAGAGAACCUCAAAUCUCUCUGCAAGCAGAUUCGCAAAGUGAAGGUCAGCUCAAUUAACCACGUCAAGACGACAACUGAGAACAAGACCCCGGAGUCUCCUGCUGCUGUUCCUGCUCCUGUGCCAGGAGGGACGCCCAACGGGGGAACGGAGAGCCCACCACUCACUGAGGCAGACAUUUCCGAACCAGACAACACGGUGAGCGAAAAUGAUACGGGUACCCACACGGCUCCUCCGGACGCAAAGCCCACAGACACAACGCCCCCAAGCGAUAAUGCCAACAAGGGUCCUUCUGAUGCAGGGACCGGAGCCCCGGAUCCUGCGCCUACGCCCAGCAGCGUCGUGCCCAGCGUCGAUGCGCGUAAUGACGGCAGCGGCAGCCCUGCGUGGGUGGGCGUGCCACUGCUGCUGCUGCUGCUGGCGGUGGCGGCAUCGGCCUGCAUUUCCAUGCACUGA